CCAGUGUCCCCGUGUCUCCGUGUCCCCGUGUCUCAGGGUCCCCGUGUCUCAGUGUCUCCGUGUCUCAGUGUCCCCGUGUCUCAGUGUCCCCGUGUCUCACGUUGGGCCUCAUCUGGUGCGAUAUCAACAAAGUUUAUAUUUGUUUAGAGUUCAGUUCAAGUUCCUCCACGCAGCUCCAAGGAUCUUCAAAGUCUCUGGCUCCCUCACUGGCGCCGGGUCCCCGCGGCGACGAUGGCGUCGUCACGGAAACGGUCGUCACGGCUGCUGCAGGAUGACGGGGAUGUGGAGCAGCCGGUGAAGCUCGCGCGAUACACGGGGCUGAUGGAGCCGGCGGCGUUUGCGGACGAGAACGAGCGGAGCGGCGUGCAGUACGAGCGCAUCACGCUGGCCCAGGCUCGCCUCGGAACCCCCCUCCACCGUCCCGUGCGUGUCUACGCCGACGGAAUCUUCGAUGUGUUCCACUUUGGGCACGCGAGGGCACUGAUGCAGGCGAAGAAUCUCUUCCCCAACACAUACCUCAUCGUGGGCGUGUGUAACGACGCGCUGACACACAAGUACAAGGGCUUCACGGUGAUGGGCGAGGAGGAGCGCUACGAGUCGCUUCGUCACUGCCGCUACGUGGACGAGGUGGUGCGCGACGCGCCGUGGACUCUCACCCCGCAGUUCCUGCGGCUGCACAAGAUCGACUUUGUGGCCCAUGAUGAUAUCCCCUACUCGUCAGCGGGCUCCGAUGAUGUCUACAAGGACAUCAAGGCAGCCGGGAUGUUUGCACCGACGCAGCGCACGGAGGGCAUCUCCACGUCUGACAUCAUCACGCGCAUCGUGCGAGACUACGACGUCUACGUGCGGCGCAACCUGCAGCGUGGGUACAGCGCCAAGGAGCUCAACGUGGGAUUCAUCAAGGAGAAGAAGUUCCACCUGCAGAACCACAUGGACAAGGUGAAGCAGAAGGUGCGCACCGUGGAGGAGCGCUCCAAGGAGCUCGUGCAGCGCGUCGAGGAGAAAGGCAUCGACCUCAUCCAGAAGUGGGAGGAGAAGUCGCGCGAGUUCAUCGGGAACUUCCUGGAGCUCUUCGGCCCCGAGGGCACGCUGAAGCACAUGCUGCAGGAGGGCAAGGGCCGCAUGCUGCAGGCCAUCAGCCCCGGCAGCAGCCCGGCCCGCGAGCGCUCACCGUCGCCGCCAGCGCCGGCGUCACCGCCGCCGGCGCUCUCCCCCCCCUCCCCCCCC